AUGGCCGAUCGUCAGCUCCCCAAGCGCAAGAAUCCGCUCAUCGCGUCCCUUACGGCGCCCUCCUAUGAGGAGUUGCUCGGGCGUAGGAGACUUGGUAAGACCAAGCUCGCGGUCAAGCCGACCCAGGUCGGCACCUCGAACGCAACGAAACCCGAGAACCUUGGUGUAUUCGAAUACGCGCACCUGCGAGCCCCCCUUCCCAGUGACCUGAAAGGCUCGGAGAUCUUUACUACUCAAUCCAACCAAGGCCAUCCUGAAACAUACUUUCUUAUGCGCCGAAGCUCCGACGGCUACUGUUCGGCGACUGGAAUGUUCAAAAUUGCGUACCCCUGGGCUACUCAAGCAGAAGAAAAAGCGGAGCGCGACUACCUCAAGACACUUGAUACAACCAGCGCAGACGAGGUAGCGGGAAAUAUCUGGAUUGAGCCGGAAUUUGCCCUGGAACUUGCAGAGGCCUACGGACUCACUCAGUGGAUUCGCGCUCUCCUUGACCCCACGGAUAUCUCUCAGUCCCCUUCGAGCGCAAAGAAGCAGAUCAACGCGCCCCCCAAGUUCGAAGCGCCGUUGGAUAUGGACAAGGUCAAGCUGCCGCCGCCUGGUCGGACUCCGGGAAGAGGAAGCAGAAGACUACGAUCAGCGUCCCCAAGCAAGAUUGCGAGCCCGGUCAAGAGCAAGGCAUCACCCAGGAAGCGUCAGACCAGCCAAAACAAGGCGCAAGAGGAAGCCGCCGCGGCCAGUACAACUGCAGCCAGCGCCGCUCUCCAGUCGGCUUUGGACGAUGCUGUCUCGAUCGCUGGCGCUGAAUCGGUGUCUACGGAUCAGCCGCAGGAGACACCAGCUACAUCUCCUUCGUUAAUGGGAGAGUCUGUCAAGGUGGAAGUCGACCAGGAAGUCGAAGUCAAGGGCAACACCGAAACUACUCACACCAAUGUCACUGUCGAGAUGCCCGCCGGCUCCCCAGAACUGCCACUUCCGCAAGAUACCGAGCAGAUGCUGGAGACGGCUAAGCGGAUGGUUGAAGAGGCGAAGGAACUUGAAACAUCACCAAAAGUCACGAGGAAGCGCAAGGUCGAGGAGGUCGAGCCAUCAGACCUGGAUGCAGAGCUCCCACAGCAGCCUGCAAAGAAGGCCCGGGUACUCGAGGAGAGCCUCAAGCGAGAAAAGGUUCGCAACCGCGCGCUAUUCGGCGUUGCGGCGACCCUGACUGUUGCGUAA